CACCGCACCCCCAACUCGUUGACCCCGCGGCCGCGCCGCCCGCCACUCUCGAGCCGCUCCCUCACGGCGCCUCCCGGCCCGGCAGGGGGCGCGCUGCCGGCUCGCGGCCGGCGGAGAGCCGCUCUAGGAGGGGAUGGAGCUGCCGCUGGGUUGGGAGUUCGAGGAGGCCGUGUUCUCCCAGAGCAGGGAGCGGGGCGCGGGCGGCGGGGCCGGGCUGCCCUACAGCGCCAAGCGCUGCGAGCCCCGGUGGUUCUGCGGUGAGACGAGCGGCGAGGAGGACGCCGAAGUACUGACGGCCCAGAAGUUCCGGGCUGACCUGGCCUACAGGGAACGGGAGUUUGAGAAAGCUCUGUGUGAAUACUCAAACUGCUUGCAGCACUUGCCUCCCGGUAACAUUGCCAUGAGGCGGGACGUGCAGGAGGGCCAGGCUCGCUGUUUGUCUCAACUAGGAAGGCACAAGGAAGCUCUGGAUAUUGCAGAAAGAAUGAGAAACGGUGCCACAAACACGGAUCACUUAACGACUGUUCUCAACCUGCAGUUUGCCAUUUAUCGGGAUCUGGAAAACGUAGAAAAAAAGAUUGUGUGUCUGCAGCAGCUGAUCUGCUUACAUCCCUUCAACCCUUGGUACUGGAUGUCACUUGCUGAAGCUUAUAUGGACCUUUUGCAGGGUUUGUCUCCAUUAUGCAUUCCAGAAACAAACCUACAUUGGUCCGGAGAGGUUAGUGAUGGUAGUUUCGGAAUAUCAGCUGGAGGAGAGAUUAAUCUCCAGCCUCACAGAUCGGACUGCCAGAGCGAAGGCCCUCUGUCCUGCCCAGCUGCAGAAACAAAGAGCGAGAGCGCAGCGACCUGCAGCAGCAGCCAGGCUGUAACAGAAAUGCUCUGCACUUCAGACAACACUGGAAGGAAGGCUGAAGGGAAACAGGCAGCCUGCAAGUCCUGGGAGCCGGACUUGGCAAAGCAUGUUGGCGUAAAGGCGUGUGCCUCAUUUGUUAGAGCAAGGCUUUUACUUCAGCUUACUCAACUGCAACAGUCAUCCUUUGCUCUCGAAAAUAACUUAAAAUGUCAGAAAGAAAUUGAUGACAAAGUGGCACAGUUUGGUUUAAAUGAAAACUCCCUGCUGCAGGUGACCAAGGUGCAUCAUUGCUGUGCAUUUCCUGGGAAGCAAGUUUUAUCUCUGCCACUUUAGAUGCCACAGAGUGAAUCACGUGUAUGAAAUGCAAAUGGAGAUGUCACUGUGGGCUACUGGAUUAUUCAAGUCUUUGUUCUUUUGGCAAAUUUGCAGAAAAAGUUCCUCUUCCAUUGUUUCUUUGUUCCAUUUGAUGUACUGGGUUCUAACUUAAAAGAACCACAGAGGAGGAGAAUGAUGUUGUAUGGCUUUAUUCAUAGAGCUUAAACAUUUCUAGCGUCUAUGGAGUUCUAUUUAAAAGAACAAAAGGAAGCCAAAAAAUGUUUAACUUCACUGUCAGCAUUGUCAGGCUUCAGUUAAUAAAAGCCAAGUCCUUGCCGAGUUGGCAAGCGAAGCUGUGGGCUUUCAUCCAUGAGAGGGCAGCAGUAUGCAGACUAUCCCAAGUUUCCACAGGGCUGCCGAUGAGCAGCUGCUUUCCUCGCUUCCCUUGGUCUGAAGCCUCCGGUGAGAGAUCGCUGCUGGUGCUCCUGGGGCAGGCGCUGAUCGCAGAGCUGGCCAUGGGGCUUGUGCUGCUGUUCAGAGGGCAAAACUCCCCACGUACCAGAAGUUGGGAGGGGCUGUGCAGCUGCGAAGUUUGGGCUCUCAGUCCUCCAUGUUUAUGACAGUGCAGCAGGCAGACAGCUUGGUUGUGAUUUGGAAGCGCUUCCUAGAUGGCGGAUGGUUCUUGUGUUCUGUUAUUAAUGUCACAUUACUUGUUUCCUGUCCUUGUUCUUACUGCGGUUGCAGGUGAUGGGAGCAGAUCUCAUCCCAGAAAAACUAAAGGAGGAAUUUCAGGGCGAGGUAAAAUGCAUAGGCUCUUCAGCACUGUCAUCAUUGGUAACCACAUCGGCCUCAG